AUGGAAUCUCAUCCAGAUUUGGCGAAGAAUUUUUCGAAGGGCGACAGAGUUGCUGUUGAGGAAAAGUGGAAAGAGCUAACGACGCUGCUAAAUGCAGAAGGGCCGCCCAUAAAAGAUGUUAAUGGAUGGAAAAAAAUAUGGUCUGACUGGAAGGGGUGCAUUCGGAAAAAGGAUGCCCAUAACAAUCUAGAAUCGAGGGCAACAGGAGGUGGACCCUUUAAUAAGCGUGUACUGACGAGCAACGAAGAAUGCGUUGCAAGAACUUGUGGAAUUUUUGCAGCCGCUGAGGGCAUACACCAUUCUAGAAGCUUUGGGACAGAAGUAAAUAAUAGCGCUAUCGAAUCUGAGGAAGAACGUCCCCAAACAAGUAGGGAAGCGGUGGCUACCCCGAGAGCUGCAAAAAGGCCACGAGUGUCAACGCAGGACAGCCUUCAGACGUGUUUGGCAACGGAAUCUACUUGUAUGGAGAAAAUAUCCACCACUUUAGAUAACAUUUGCGAAAACCAACACAAGAUUGCAAAAUCGCAGGAAGAUGACAGGGAAGAGAUUCGACGACUUUGUCGUGCUGUUGAGAAACAAAAUGAAUUGCUGACAAAAUGA